ACCCCUCUGCAAACGUUCCCCCAUGUUCAUCUAUAAAACGAGAGCAGUUCCAGGGUUACAUUUUUGAAAGGGCUCUUCUGAUUCGUCUAAUGAUUAUGGAGAUCGUGUCUACGAAGAUUUGAAGAAGGAUUUGAAGACUUGCCAGAAGGAAUCAGCAAAUAGCCCCCAGAGUUGCCUGGUGGGGAGGUGGGAGGCGAUGGAAAAUGGGCUGUGGGCACUGAGAGGGACGGCACUGCCGAGGACUUCAGCCUUCCCCUGGAAGACACUUCGCUGGCUGAAUCAAAGAUUGCCCUUCCUGCCCACAAAAACGGGAAAGUGUCCGGGCUGGGCUUGGAACUUGGUGGAAGAGCUCCUGCCCAGACGCCCUGAGAGCAGCCCGAGCACCGCAGAGCAAGGGAACAGAAAGGGGGAGACUUCGACCCUUCUGGGCUGCUAGUUUCCCCUCGUUUUCAAUUAAAGAUAGACUCGCUGAGUGGAACCUUGCCUGCUCCUCCGUCCUCUGGUUUUUUGUCUGAAUUGUUGCUUUGCAGUAAACUGAGUGAGAACGGGAGCGGCCCCCUGCUGCGGAGGUGCCAGGCUUCAGCUUUCCAUGCCGUUGGUGACGCGCAUUGUGAGGCGAAGGCCUGCUUGGCACUUCUGUGUUAGGUGUGUGCUGUGGCCCAGGGUCACAGGAGCCGAGGAGGCGUGGAGUGCUGUUGUUGGAUGGGAUGUCCUUGAUGGAGCAGAUGAGGUACCUCACUCCCUGCCAAGUCUGACUCCCAGAGCCCAGCCUCCUGGUCUGCAGGGACCUCUAGGACCAGAGCUCUUCUCCUGCCUCCCCUGUGGGCACCCAGCAGGAGAGAGGAGCCUGCUGAAUGCAGGUACACACAGCAGGACACCAGGACCUGGCCCCAAGGCACUGUGCUCCUCCCCUGGACUUCUCACAGACUGCUCUGCAAUGACCACAGCAAGGUACCGGCCCACCUGGGACCUGGCUCUCGACCCGCUGGUGUCCUGUAAGCUCUGCCUCGGGGAGUAUCCAGUGGAGCAGAUGACGACCAUCGCCCAGUGCCAGUGUAUCUUCUGUACCCUGUGCCUGAAACAGUAUGUUGAGCUCUUGAUCAAAGAAGGACUGGAGACCGCGAUCAGCUGCCCGGAUGCUGCCUGCCCCAAACAGGGCCACCUGCAGGAGGAUGAGAUUGAGUGCAUGGUUGCAGCUGAAAUUAUGCAAAGAUAUAAAAAGCUACAGUUUGAAAGAGAGGUGCUCUUCGACCCGUGCCGGACCUGGUGCCCCGCAUCCAGCUGCCAGGCGGUGUGCCAGCUCCAGGACAUGGGGCUGCAGACCCCACAGCUGGUGCAGUGCAAAGCCUGCGACAUGGAGUUCUGCUCCUCCUGCAGAGCCCGCUGGCACCCUGGGCAAGGCUGCCCAGAGACCAUGCCCAUCACCUUCCUCCCCGGAGAAACCAGCUCUGCUUUCAAGAUGGAAGGGGACGACGCUCCCAUCAAGCGCUGCCCCAAGUGCAAAGUCUACAUCGAGCGAGACGAAGGGUGUGCGCAGAUGAUGUGCAAGAGCUGCAAGCACGCCUUCUGCUGGUACUGCCUGGAGUCCCUGGACGAUGACUUCCUCCUGAUACAUUAUGACAAGGGACCCUGCCGCAACAAGCUGGGCCACUCUCGGGCCUCUGUGAUCUGGCAUCGGACACAGGUCGUGGGCAUUUUCGCUGGCUUUGGGCUCCUGCUCUUGGUGGCCUCCCCCUUCCUGCUGCUGGCCACCCCAUUCGUCCUCUGCUGCAAGUGCAAGUGCAGUAAAGGCGACGACGACCCGCUACCCACCUAGAGGGAAGCACGGUGCUGCUGAGACCCUGCCUCCGAGACGUGUGGCUCCCCACCCACCCGGCGCCCCCACUAAACAUUUCUCUUGCCUUAUGUGCCCCAUUGAGCUUCACAGUGUCAGGCUGGAUGCCGUGAUUUCAGGGACCCUUGUCGAGACGUUUGCCGAGGCCCCAGGUGUGUCGCCUAGUCUUGGGGAAGGCAAGGCAGGCGAGGGUUGGGCACGUCCCCACAGCAUCAGUCUCUGCAGACCUUUCCUGCAGUGUGGACAGAAGCACACCAGGCUGUCUCCUCCCGGUGGCGGUAGACUAGGCACAUCUGGUGGGGGCCAAAGACCUUCUCAUUCAAAGUGUUGUCCAUCUCCUCCUUGGCUUCAAGAUGGCGCCAUGCUGAGGGAAGUCUGUUAAGGUCACAUCUCUCUUCAGACAGAAUCCAAUUAUUCCAACUUGAAAAAAGCACUCUAUUUGUGACAACUGUUUUUAUUCCUAAUGGCAUUUAGUGAGAUUCUUUUUAGAAGGCUUUUCUUUUUUCUUAGCUGAGUAGUGAAAAUCAACAAGGUGCAUAUGAACCAUCCUAUGCCUUUCUUAAAAUGUGCGUUUUAAGAAGUUAUAGUUAAGCGACUUUUCUGGCUUGACCACUUUUCAGGAGAUUUAGAAAGCCUUAUGCACUCUGCGUUUUCUUGAAACUUGCUGUAAUAGCUUUCUGAAUGCUGUAAGCUCUGUACUGUUAUAAACACGGUUCCUGUGUCGCUGCAUUUAUUGGAAAACACUGACAUGUUUAAAGGAACGUCUCCUUGAGAUUCACCUUUUGUUCCUUCUGCUCUGGUGAUUCUGCAUAGCCCACAGGGCUUGUUCUUUUCACCCAGGUAGCAGCAAAUAGUUUUUAAUGUCUUCUAAACCAAUUGUUUACUAAGAGAUCGUUCUACUCAGAAUCACUAUGGUUUGGCCUCUUGCCUCAGUUUUCAAGUAAGACAGUAAGAAGAAAAUUGCAUUAUUGAUCCUAAGGGGCAGAGCCUUCUACCAGAGGCUGUGGGGGGCGUGCUUGGAGAUGGGGCAGAAGCUUUCUGGAUUUUCACAUUUUUAGAACGUUUUAGUUAUUUUGAAAGAUCAUGCAUCUCACACAGUUCCAAGCCCUGUAGCUAACCAGUUUGCCCCGGCUGGAAAAAACACUUCCAUUUCCAUUUAGCUCUUUUGAUGUGGGGAUUUUACCACUUGGUCUUUCCAGGGCUCUGUGUGAGUGUUUCCAUGGUAGUGAAAUGCACGGAUCAAUAAGAUCUGCAUUACUCCAUCACUUGACUGAAGAGUGGAGAAAGCGUUUCCAUUAAAGAGAAUUGACUAUGAGAGCCACGUGUGCUUACCAGGAACAAAAAGGAAAUAUUGUAGAUUUAUUAUAGUGGAAUUUUUUAAGACUUACUAAGCACUCUACCAAGGAGUUAAACAAAAGCAAAGUCCUUUGAUCUCAGUUAUUUGCUUGCUGCAAGCACAUUUUAAAUACGUGCUUGUUUUGUGUGUGUUUGACUCUACAUCUAUGUAUCCGUCUCAGGUCCUAGUGUAUCUUCCUCGCCUACAAAUUUCUUUAUUCUUCUCGGUGAACAGUUAAGAAACAGAAUCACUUCUCUCUUCACCUCUAGGAUUGAUUUUCCUUAUGAAACAAGAGCCAUUUAGAACAUCAGUCUGCAUCAACAUUGGUUCAAAAUUUAUCCUUGUAAUUACAAAGUCCAGGAAUUAAAUAAGAACAUAGCUCAGGCUGUCCUUCUGAUGCGUCUCUGCAGUUUGAGGUGCUGAGAUGGGUGAAGUGGCUUUUCUGGAGACGGUGACAACUCCAUGAGCUAGUGGUCUGGGGACUUGAGACAUAAGCCUGUAAUUUGUAGGUGCAGCUACCUGACAGUCGAGGGUGGCAGGCACGUGGCCCCCGGGGUAGACCUUCAUAAUGUCCCCGUCCUUCCUGCCUCGAUUAGCUGCUGUCUACCAUAUAAGUCCAUUUAGUAGUGCCCCGAUCUUCGGGGUGGGAGUCAGAGCCUCAGAGAGAUUGUAUUCCCAGAGCUGGAGCUCAAACCCCCUAUUCCUAGAGGGAUGGUAUGUCCUGUCCUGGAGGAGUCUCUGGCCCAAUCAUACACAUCUGUAGCCCCAACCAUCCUGUGCCUUCGUGUGCAAUAUGCUUCAAAGCAUGUGGUUUGAUCAGGUAGGGACCACAGCGAUUCCGGGGCCAGCCGGGGUCAGUCAGAUUAGCACCAGCUUGCUCUGAGCUUUUGUAUAGAACAUGCCUUUGUUUGCUCAGUAUGAUUUAAUAUAAAAAUAGGACUGUCCAUCCCUGUGUAAAUGCCACCAAGAUCACAUUGAGAUACUUAAACUUGAAUUUCCCCUCCUCAGAUUCCUUUUUUCCAAUAAGGAAUGCCAUACCCACUUGAUACAGUGAUGCAAUCUUUACCAUGCGGGAUGUAAAUUAUAAAUAGGUCACGGGAGGAUGGUCCCCAGUGUGAACUUGGGUCUUGCUGUCUGCGCUUAGUAGAUAAGAUUUAUUUCUGUUAUUCAGUAUGAUCUGUCCUGGUUGGAAAGUGAUGUUCACUUUCACAGAUGGUCUUCUCUCUGAUAUCCUGCACAUGCUGUUUUUUCAUUGAGAGGCCUUUAAGUCCCAAGGCUGACCCUUAGAGAGAGGCCCGGGCUGCCCAGGGUUGACCUGUACCUGAGGCUCUUGGACAGCUGAUCAUGUUACCAGGUUUUUACUGGAGGUGCCUGGUUUCUGUCUGGCUCAGCCAUGUGUCCUGUGUCCCCACAGAUGCCUUGGGAGACCCAGUCUGUACAGGUGGCAGGGAGUGACUUCACAGCUAAGCUGAAGCAAACCUUGAUGCAUGAACAAUGGCCCAGUCAGUUCUUCCUAAUCAGCUCCCGGAAGCCGCUCAGACUGCAGAGUGAACCUCUGGCACCUUUUCCAAGGGAACAUAUUCUCUUCAUGGCACAUUCCGCCCCGGGAGAGGGAAUAUCAGAGGUGCAAGGAUUACUUCAAGAAGAAUUUCUCUUUUUCACAUAGGUUCCAAAGGGCAAAAGUCAUGUAACAAAUCAGAAGAGAAAAAGUUCCCUUGGUGGUCUUUAAAAAUUAGGGAGUUGGAAAGAACCAGGGUGGGCUUUUUGUGUUUUCUCACUUUGUUAUUAAUAAACACACCUAUGUACAUACACUCACAUAUACACACACAUAUGUGAAUCACAGAUCAUCAAGGGAGCACAUUUGCAUGUACAACCCCAUGGAGGUCUCUAAAGCAUACCAAAGCUUGUUUAUCCCUUUAAUUGACCCGGUCCCUUAUGAAAAGAAGCAAAAUGAAGGGAUUGUGACUGAUUAUUGCCAAAAACCCCCAAAGGAGUGAAGGGGCCCACGUUACAGUGUCAUUGCUGGUGCGUCCCCUGGGGAUCAUGCCAUCGGGUCCUCAGUCCCCAUGGUCCCCAGCCCUCCUCCGGUGUGUGCAGUCCUGUCUUCCAGGUCCAGGAGCCCUGGCUGCGGGGUAGCUGCGUGCCACGUGCCUGACCUGUCUUUCCUUUGCUCACUUUGCCAGGGUGUGUUUUGAUCUUGUGUAAAAGCAUGCAUGAGUGAGCCAUGCACAUGUGUACACUAUGUAUUUGACAAGUGGUGGAAAAACAAAAUCAAAUUUAGUUUGUGUUUUUGAAACAUCAGUAGGUUUUGUGCCACUAACACUGUGAUGUAUAAAAGAACUGUUCGGACGCCUUUCAAUGUUGUGUUUUGUACUUUGGAAUCACAUGGAAAAGUUUGAUUUGUAACUUCAAUACAUAUUUUAAAUGUA